CCAGUCUCUGGAUCCAGCAGCUCCAUGUCCAGUGCGCACGCUCCCUGCGCAGCGGCAGCCAUGUUGGAGCCACAGUGGAGUCGGGCUGGGAUCUUCUGACGCCGCGUAUGUUUUUCCUCAGAAAUCUGCUUCUCCUACGUUGUCGGGCUUCGUCGAACGAGCGCGAUCGGCGCCGCAGUCGCCAGUGGACACGAUGAACUCCAGCGUCGACCUGUCCCGGCGGAAUCCGCAGGAGGAUUUCGAGCUGAUCCAGCGGAUCGGAAGCGGCACAUACGGAGAUGUGUACAAGGCUCGUAACGUAAACACAGGGGAGCUGGCUGCUAUCAAAGUCAUCAAACUGGAACCGGGUGAGGACUUUGCUGUCGUCCAGCAGGAGAUUAUAAUGAUGAAAGACUGUAAACACUCCAACAUUGUUGCCUAUUUCGGCAGUUAUCUCCGGAGAGAUAAGUUAUGGAUCAGUAUGGAGUACUGUGGAGGAGGGUCUCUACAGGACAUCUAUCACGUAACCGGGCCUUUGUCAGAGUCACAGAUAGCCUACAUGUCGCGUGAGACCCUGCAGGGUUUGUACUAUCUACACAACAAAGGCAAAAUGCACAGAGACAUCAAGGGAGCCAACAUCCUCCUGACAGACAACGGCUAUGUUAAACUAGCUGACUUUGGUGUAUCGGCCCAGAUCACAGCAACUCUUGCCAAGAGGAAGUCAUUCAUUGGAACUCCUUAUUGGAUGGCUCCAGAGGUAGCAGCAGUGGAGCGGAAAGGAGGCUACAACCAGCUAUGUGAUAUCUGGGCUGUGGGCAUCACUGCAAUAGAGUUGGCCGAACUACAGCCACCCAUGUUUGACCUGCACCCCAUGAGGGCUCUGUUCUUAAUGACCAAGAGUAAUUUUCAACCUCCGAAGUUGAAAGAUAAACUCAAGUGGACAAAUAACUUCCACCAUUUUGUCAAACUCGCUCUGACCAAGAACCCAAAGAAGAGGCCCACAGCUGAGAAACUCCUGCAGCACCCUUUUGUGUCGCAGCCACUCAGCAGAACACUGGCAAUAGAGCUCUUGGACAAAUCCAACAACCCCGACCACAGCACCUUCAACGACUUCGACGAUGACGACCCUGAACCUGAGUCUCCGGUCUCUGUUCCUCAUCGUAUUCGUUCCACCAGCAGGAGCACAAGGGAAGGGAAGACGUUGUCUGAGAUUAACUUCGGUCAGGUGAAGUUUGAUCCUCCGUUGAGAAAAGAGACAGAGCCCCACCAUGAGCCGUGUGAUUCUGAGCCCUAUCUGGACUGUGUUGAGGAGCUCUACUAUACCGCGAGAUCUAAUCUGGACUUACAGCUGGAGUAUGGACAUGAUUCACCAAGUCUACUGGGAGGAAACAAGAGUCUUCUCAAAUCUGUGGAGGAAGAGCUUCAGCAGAGUAAAUCGAGCACCAUCAUGAGGCCAAAGGUCCCACCCCCGCUGCCACCCAAGCCCAAGUCCAUCUGCUCGUCCCUGCAGCAGCAACAACUGAAACAAGACGACAGCCAAUCCCACAGUGAGGAUGACAGCGGAGGGGGAGGAACCAUCAAACGCCGUCCGGUUCUGCAGACGUCGAGUCCGGCCAAGCCCGCCUCCAACGUCCCUCCGCGGCCCCCACCCCCGAAGCUGCCGCCCCAUCGCCGCAGCAGCUUAGGUAACGAGAGCCCAAAGCGCACGGACGGCGAAAACUCUGCCCCAGACGAUGAUGGGAGCUUUAGGCAUUUCUGGGAGUGGCUCCACACGCCUCACACAGAGGAGGAGCUGGAGGAGGCAUGGGAGGUGCUGAAGGAGGUGAAAGAGGAGGAGGAAAAAAAGGAGGAGAAGGAAGCGAGUAACGGGCUGAACUCUCCACACAAUGGCGAGAGGGACAGUCCGGCAGAGAGACAGUCCACCAUGCCCCCUAGUGUCCCCAUACGGAAAGACAAGAAGGAUGUUACAAUGCCAAUCAGUAAUGGUCUCCCACCUACACCUAAAGUCCAUAUGGGAGCAUGUUUCUCAAAGGUGUUCAAUGGUUGUCCUCUGAAAAUCCACUGUGCCACUUCAUGGAUCAACCCAGACACCAGAGACCAGUAUUUGAUAUUUGGAGCUGAAGAGGGGAUCUACACAUUAAACCUUAAUGAGCUGCAUGAGACCACGAUGGAACAGCUCUUCCCACGAAGGUGUACCUGGUUAUAUGUCAUGAACAAUUGUCUUCUCUCCAUAUCUGGAAAAGCGUCCCAGCUGUACUCUCAUACCCUGAGCGGUCUGUUCGAACAGGCCCGGCAGUUACAGAAGUUACCCGUAGCCAUUCCCACACACAAGCUGCCUGAUAAGAUGAUUCCCAGGAAGUUUGCUGUGUCCAAUAAGAUUCCUGACACUAAAGGAUGCCAAAAGUGCUGCGUUGUGCGUAACCCAUACACAGGUCAUAAGUAUCUGUGUGGAGCCUUCCAGUCCAGCGUCAUGCUGUUGGAGUGGGUGGAGUCCAUGCAGAAGUUCAUGCUCAUCAAGAACAUCGACUUCCCGCUGCCGUGUCCCUUGGAGGUCUUUGAGAUGCUGGUGGUCCCGGAGCAGACCUACCCUCUGAUCUGCGUGGCCGUCAGUAAAGGCACCGAACUCAACCAGGUGGUUCGGUUCGGCACAGUCAACCCCAACUGUACCUCCUCCUGGUUCACAGAAGCAGACACACCACAGACGUGUGUGAUCCACGUCACUCAGCUAGAGAGAGACACUAUCCUCGUCUGCCUCGACAGGUGUAUAAAGAUAGUGAACCUGCAGGGGCGCUUGAAAUCCAGCAGAAAGCUUUCAGCCGAGCUGACGUUCAACUUCCAGAUUGAAGCCACGGUUUGUCUCCAAGACAGUGUCCUGGCUUUCUGGAGGCAUGGCAUGCAGGGACGGAGCUUCAAGACCAACGAGAUCACCCAGGAGAUCUCUGACAGCACACGCAUCUUCAGACUACUGGGAUCAGACAGAGUUGUGGUGCUGGAGAGCAGGCCGACAGACAACCCUACAGCCCACAGCAACCUCUACAUCCUGGCAGGCCAUGAAAACAGCUACUGAGACACACACACUCACACACACAAACACAAUCUCUAAACAGCAUACCACUGAUGCAACCGGGAGACACACUCAGUCCAACGAUAUCGCUAUCCCACCCGUCUCCACCUUCUCACUGGGCAGUGUAACUGGGAGACGAGCAGUUUGUGGGUGCAGACGUGGAUUCCCUCUCGUUUAAAAUGCACCGCAGUGUUUUUAUGUGUAUCAGUUGAGCAUGUUGUAGAAGGACAGCGGGUUGUGGGCUGGUUUCUGAUGGGGCGAGGGUUGAAGCAGCUGGUCUGAGGCCAGUCUGGGUCACGGUAGCUGGGGGGGUCUCUUCUCUGCAAGAACGACUUCAGCCCAGAAUCCUGAUAGCAUCCCACCUCCCCCUGCAUACAGCACACUGGGAAAACAGCGUCCAGCACAGAAGUUCAACACUACUUCUUCUACUACUUCUACACACAUUAGUACUACUACUACUACUGCUACUUGCGCUAAGCUUCACAGAACAGCCAUCUUGCACAGAAAACCUUCCCUUCCCCCCUUUGUCGUCUUUUCCUCUGUCUCCUCCUCCCUCUUUCCCUUCCUCUUUUUCUUUUUUUUUUAAACUACACCUUUAUUUAUUGUGGCAUGAUGUAACUUUAACAACCAGGAUGGCUUUCCUGUUUUAUUAAUUUUUUUUUUUUUAAAGGAUAAAAAAGAGAAAACGGACUAAAAAAGCUUCGCCACCUCUGCUAGAAUCCAAUUCCAGUACCAUCACCACACCACACAAGUGCUUAAUUGACCUCUAUUUAAUUGUUGUAAAUAUAAAUGUAGUAUUUUUUGACAGAGACAAACACUAAAAAGACUAAGGUCGUGUAGAUAGGUGUGUGUAUAGUUGCUCUGUACAACUGUGGAGACAAAUAUAGAGACAGAGACGUUGGAGGUGUCACAGGGCAGUAAAUUCACUUCCUGUUUCCCUGAUCAUGUGACGAGGUCCAGGAAGCGAAGACCCCCGCAGUCUCCUCAGGUGGACAGCUGUAGUCGUCUGAUAUUAUUCUAAUAAGGAUCUGGAAGCUCAGGAUCGGACUGAGCAAACACAGGAAGCGGCACUGAUUGGUCAUUUUCAUCCUGCAUGCGUCGCCAUCCAGACUUCCUGCUUGUUUGCACCAUAGCGACUGUUGUCAGGUCAGCGUACAUUUUGAGUUCUGUUCAUUUACGUUUCUGUUUCCUGUCUCAACUUCAUCUUUUUUUUUUUUAUUCUAUUUUAAUCAGAAAGCCUUUUUUUUUUUUUUUUUAAAUUUUUUUUUUUUUAUUGAACCACUGGUGUUAAAAUUUUGCACAGAGAAAAAAACGUAUUUGAUAAACAAAUGUGAUGUCAUCAUAUGACCUUGUUUGUAUGCACAGUGUGUGUGUGAGUGUGUGUGUAUAUGUGUGUGCAUAGACAUAGAAUCUGCACAUAUGAGUGCAUCGUACACAGAUCUGGUCUGUAAGUCACAGUUUCUGCCUGAAGCCCCUUUAAAAAAAAAAAUCUGGAUUUACACAGAAAGAAAAAUUGUUUAUAUUUAUACAGUAAAUUGGUUUAAAUGAAACAUCAUCCAUAACUAAACAAGGAGAUUCCAAAUUAAAAUAAUAACACAAAUACUAGAAUGGCACUUGUUAGAAAUUCCAGUCUCCACAUUUAAAUUCAGAUCCAUCAAUUAAUUCCUGGAAGUUGCUAAAAACGUUAAGGAAAGAGAGUAAAAGUAAUUUUUGUAGUUUUAGUGUGAUCCAGCAGAGAAACAAACAAACGCACAGGAGCACACGACCUCCUUUACCGAGUGGUAAUAAUUAUUUCAUAGACUUCUCUGUAUUAACAGCAUCAGAAACGUUUGGAUCAAAUAUUACGAUAAUGUUUCUGAAUUCUAAAACAAGGACAAUAACAUUCUUUGUCCUGCUUAUAGACAGAAUAUUGGGCUGAUCGAUCAGAUGCCAUUUUGAUUUCUGUGUAAAUCCUUCGUCUUCAACGUUCACUGCUGUGACUUUAUCUAAGGGACACUACAUGCAUGCAGACGUGCACCGUGUGCUUGUGUGUGGGAGGGCACACGGCCGUCUUUACAAGCUGUGACACUCGAGGUUUCUCUGACACUAGUUUAGAUCAACAUAAGAAGAUGCAGUCACCGACCGUGAAAUCAGAGCUGUGACUAUUUGGCUUAAUUUUUCAAGUCACACACUUCUCAGUCAUUUCUUCGAUUGGAUGCACAGGUGUGAGCUGCAGAAAGUGAACCAGUCAGAUAAACAAGAGACGUGUACGCCGGAACAUCGAGUUCAUACACAAAACAAAAGCACACAAGUGACUCUUGAUGCAGUGAUAACGAUGAUCCCUGCUGUGUGAACUGGGAUUUCUCUGGUUGAUAGAAACUUAAAACUAGAAGUACGCUGCGACCUUGUGAAAUCGGUAUCUGACGCCACACGGGGCGAUAAAUCCUGCUUCCUGUGAAAUCUAGUGCUUUGACAUUUACGUCCCUUGAUCCAAACGCAAUUCAAUGCUAGACUAUAAAAUGGUAUCGUAGAUGAAAAUAUUUAUUACAUCAUCAGUGCUAAAGCUAAAGUUCAACUGACCCCUGCUGACGGGCAGCGGCGAAAACCGUAGCAGCUUCCUGCUCCUCCUCUUCUUACCCUUUUGUGUUCAGUGAAACGAGUCGCAUCAGUGACGCCGCAGCACGUCCGUCCUCCAGACAUCACACCUGUGCGCCUGCACGCUCUGCCACCGUUCCACCAUGAUUUACUGAUCAGAUCCUCUCACUGGAUUCCAGCUCCUGAUUCGUUGUGUUGAAUAUCGAGGGUGUGAAUUCACUGUGAGGAUAGAAUUGAUUUGUCUGUGUUGUUUUAAAAUCACCUGUGCACAAAUAUCGAUCAUUCAAUUCGUUAGUACGACAUUAAACUGCCAUGGAGUGAACGUAGAGCAGAAACUUCUUCAUCAUAGUUUUGUAGAAUCUCAAUGCUGUGUGUAAUUUGACUUUAAAUCAUAGACUGUAUAUUAAGACGGACACUUCCUCCCAUUGUAGAAAAAUGAAGCCAGAGUAUCUUGGAAACAGACGUCACCAUCCUGCGCUUUUGACGUCAUUCGGGUUCAUCUCAUUAAAUAACUAAGUAAAACCAAACCAACUGGAAAAUGAACAUUUGAACAUACUUCAGUGAAAAUGACAGAAACUUUACCUUUUUAGUUUGGCCCAUGUCCCAUCCACUAACGUGGAGGAAGCAGGAGCCGUCAUGUCGUCCAUCUUUAUAUAUUCAGUCUAUGAAUUAAACCAAACGCCAAACUUGCUGAACUCCUCGGGCGACUGUCGCUUCAGAAAAACAAGCAAACGUGGAAAUUCAUUGCCAUUAUUUGGACUCGCCUCGAAAGUGAGUCCCCAACCCGGUCGAGGGAUUUAGCCACAAUCAUGCUAAAACAUUAGCGUCUUGCCAAGAUCCGUUAAUACAGAUGAGAGUGUCAGAGCUGCGGCCAAGUUCUAUUCACACAAUCAGCGUCUUUUACAAAUGUGUUCAUUCAGCAUCAAAAAGAGAAUUCAGUUAUUCUAAAUAUACUGAUUAUUCACUUUUGAUAUUAAGGAUCAGUUCUCUUAUAUCUCUUGAUUUUAGCAGCGUGUCAUGACCAAGUCUGUUUCCAGUUCAUCGUACAUUUGGAAGAAAUUCAUCAAACUUAUGUCAAAGAACACACAGUUUAUGGAUUUUACGUUAUUUUUAAUUUAAUGCCAAAAUAUACUAUGAUAAUAAUAUAAUAAUUAUUAAAUUUCACUCUCUAUCACAGCAGCUCAUCUAAAAUCGUUAAAAGUAUGUUUGUUUGUUUUCUGUGGGUUCAUUCAGUUUUAUUUUUUGGGGGAAACUCUCUUGCAGAAUAACAAUGUGUCUCCGUUGGAUUGAACGAUGCUUCUGUGAUUUUUCUGAUUUUAAUCUAUGAACCUGUAAAGCAGGUGCCAACUCGGCCUUCCAUUGAUUGUUGUUUCAUGAGCUCAACUUCUCCUGGGUCAAAUCCUGUGUGACGGUAAUUCACAGUGAUUGUUUUGAGAUGACGUGGACACCAGAUAUGUGGACGUCUUGAAUGAAAACUCUGGAUGGAGGUCAACUCCGCAUACUUGGUUCCAGUCGGAUGAAACUAAACACAGAUGAGUUAUUUAAAAACCCAGUUUGAUCCGGGAAUCCUCCCAAUAUUCCACAAAACACACGUCUCCUCUGUUCUGUCGCUAUCACACCACCUUUGUCUUUUUGUUUUCAUAAUGCAAUGCACAUGUUAUGAAAUGUAUAUAGUGUAAAAUAAAAAAUGGGUUUGUUUUACAUACUGUAUAAUUGCCUAUAUUUUGUUUCAGAAGUGUAACAGAUUUAUGAGAUGACAGGUUAACACAUUAAAAAGAAGGAACUCAA